AUGGCCCGCUCCCGCUCCGUCACUGGUGCCAUCGUGACUGCACUCGGCCUUGGCUUUGUAGCUUGUCAGCUUGGCGGUGCCUUCGUGGGAUCUUCCCCGCAGCUGCGGGGAGGCCCUCAGGUGGUGCGGCAUGUGGGCGUUGACUAUCUUCUGCGCAACGGCCCCAAGGACGCCGACCCUCCUCUUAUGGACCCAAACACUGCCUCAGGUGCCACCCACGAGAUCGAGUUCAAGAAGAAGCCUUUUGGAAUCCUCCGCUACGCACCGGGACCGAGCGGCAACGGUGCCGUCGUCCGUGAAGUGAAGCAGGAGUCCCGCUACCCGGGCGACCCACAGGGCCAGGCUUUCGUGGCCGGUGUCCAGCCGGGUUGGGUCGUGGCCUCCGUGAACGGCCAGGAUGCGAAGAACAUCAAGUUCGAAGACCUCAUGGAGUUCAUGGACGACGAGGUGCUGGACCCUGUGGCAGCCCUGUCCCUGAACUUGAAGGAGAACGGCGUCUCCUCCGAAGGUAAGGGCAUCGGCGAGAGCACUUUCACCUUUGGUGGUGGCAACCUCGCGCCGCUGCCUAUCAAGGUUGUGUACCAGGAGCCGUGA